GUAUUAAUUUCAGAUAAUUCAGCUAUGAAACGUAAAUCGAAAGCUGGAGGAGCCAGUGACAAAUCGAAAUCACCAAAGCUAAAGAAAAGAAGAAGUGUUGUCCUGGAACCUAUUCAUAUCAGUCCGAAAUAUCUUGAAGACAAGUUCAAAACGGAAUUUAAGAAAGGAUUUGAGAAAUCAAAUGGCCCAUUUCCUCAUUGGCAACUCCGAAACUUUGUGGAUAACAGCGACAACGUGGUAGAAAAGAUCGAAGACGAGCUACAAAACUUUGAAGGUUGGAAAAGAAAAGAGAAUGAUCUGUACUCUUUGUAUCAAUCUGAUGAUCUGAAAUCAAUUAAUCCAGUUGAAAAUCCAGCUGUAUUUUCUUUUCGACAAUUCUUAUACAAGGAAGUCAAAGAAUGGCUCCAAAACGUAUCAGGAGUGGAGCUGACUGAGCAAGUUGACUGUAAUGGAAGCUGUUACGCAAGAACAGACUCACUAUUACCACAUAAUGAUCUCAUUGAAACUCGUCGAUUCGCAUUUGUCUAUUACAUCACAUCAGCUGACUGGGAUUCGGAAGUGAAUGGUGGAGAUUUGCAGCUUUUUAAUCACGACAAAAAACUACAACCAACUUCUGUGGCUGCUCAAUUCUCACCAUUACGUAAUUCCUUUAUGCUAUUCGAAGUGUCUGAAAAAUCUUGGCACCGAGUUGCCGAAAUGCUUUCCGAAGAACCUCGUUUAUCGAUCAACGGAUGGUUCCACUCAACUCGACGGAUCGAACCAAAAAAGCCAGCAGUAGAAGCUAUUCAACGAUUUGUACCAGAGGCGGCGUGUAAAUUGUCGAAACUCAUCAGCAAAGAAUAUUUACAAAAAGAAAGGCAAGAUGAAGUGCAACAAACAUUUGCUGACAGUUCUGAACUUAAUUUGAGUAAAUUUAUAUUCGAAGAAAUUCAUGAUAAUGCAUAUUCUGAAUUAAUUUCCAACCCAUCUUGCUUUGAAACUGUUGGCCCGGUUAGCAAACGCCACGUUGCACGUCUUGAUGAAGAAAAAUCUGCGGAUCUGCAGAAUACUAAAAGAAUAAUUCAAUGUCUGAAGUCCAAAAAUUUUGCAAAACUGGCAGCCAAACUGACUGGAGUUACAGUAACCGGAGCUCAAACAAGUGUUAAAGUUAGUCGUGUGGAGCAUGGAACAUAUUGGGUUCUGGGAGAUGAAGAUGCUGAACAAAGUUCAACUGAUGGAUACUGUCUGGAUGUUCACCUAUUCGUACAGAAAACCAAUUGGGAUGAUGAAGCUGGUGGUGACCUGAUUUACAUCGAAGAAGGUGAUACGGAAGAGCUCCUACGAAUUUCCCCAUCACCAAACGCCGCAUCAAUAGUGUUCCGUGAGCCUGGUGUGAUAUCGUUUAUGAAAUACGCCAAUUGCAAAUCAUCUGAUCCGUUCUUCCUUUUCACAGUAUCAUUCUACAAUGUUCAAGUUGUCGAAGACUAAAAACUACUAUUCUAUUCAUUUUUUGUUCUGUUAUUUUAUGCGUUAAUCUUGUUCUAUUUUUCGGUUUUGUUAAUUUUGAUUGUCAUCAUUAUUGUUUAUUUUGUUGAAACAUCAUGAAAGAUUUCGUGAG